AUGUGUACGAAGGUACCUUCGUACUUUCGUUGUGACACUCGGUGCGCACGUCGUGUGCCAACAGCACAUAAGCGAGUCAAGAGAAUGCGUUCUAUCUUUGUUCUCCCGGGAAAAAGUCAACAUUCCCACGUCGUUUCGCACAUCGUGCGUAGAGCACGUGGCCGUCAAAUUUCCGCCGCUGCUUGCCAGGUGCAGUCUUACGGUCCGCUCUGCCGCUCCUCGGUUGUUCUGUUAAAGAGGCGAACGAAUUUAGACGUACAAAAUGCGCUCUUGGCAAGAUAUCAUCGGCAUUAUUUCAAAUAUGAGGACCGUCGCCAAAUGAUGUCUUUUCAAUCGCAUGCUUGCCACAAGCCGACAUUUGAUGCAGCAAACGGGCGUUAUACGGAGUCUUUUCUGCUUGUCAGGUGGACGGUUUUUCUGAGCAUUCUAGUGGGGUAUUCCUGUUAUUAUCUAACACGCAAUAGCCUCACGUUUACUGCCCCCGCGAUGGUCGCAUCGCCGUCAUUGGGCCUGGAUAUCACUUCUAUUGGGGUGAUCACAUCUAUUUUUCCUCUCUGCUACGGUUGCAGCAAGUUUGUCAGUGGUGUUGUUGGUGAUACUUUGUCGCCUGGUGUAAUGCUCGGAGGAGGACUAAUAGCAACAGGCAUGGUACGUACUCACUCCGUUUCAGACUGGUUACGCGUUCACAUUCUGAUAUUUUCAAUGAAGGUGAAUAUUGCUUUUGGUGCCAGCUCAACCCUGCCCUUGUUCUGCAUUUUGUGGGCGACGAACGGCGUGCUUCAGGGCUUUGGUGCUCCAAGUUGCGCGAAGAUACUUACUUCCUGGUUUGCGGCGAAAGAAAGAGGGACUUAUUGGGGUAUGUGGAACAUAGCGCACAACCUCGGAGGAUUCGCAGCCCCACUACUUGCAGGCACUGCCGCUCGUACGCUUGGCUGGAAUUGGGGUCUUUGGGCACCAGGCAUAGUUGCUCUUCUUGUUGGUUCUGUUAUUUUAUCCAGCUUGAAAGACUCCCCUGAGGCUCGGGGUUACGAACCAGUUGAGGAAUUGAGAGGCACCCUCAGCGAGACUGUUGACAAAGAUUCGGUUGAGAAAUUUUUCACCAGUAAAGUUAGUUUUGCUGCUUUAGCAUUUCAUUGGACACAGGGUGAAGAGAGUUUGCUCGACAACCUAUUUCAAAAUGUGCUCUCGAAUCCUUUCAUAUGGGGCCUCGCUUUCACAUAUUUUUGUGUUUACGUCGUUCGUCAAGGGAUCACUUCGUGGUCGGUUUUUUAUCUUAUAAAAGAAAAAGGAGUUAUUGAUGCUGGUGCAGCAGCUGUACGAGUUUCAGGUCUAGAACUAGGCGGACUCCUCGGCAGCCUCAUUGCAGGGAGGAUCAGUGAUUGGUACAUUGCACAGUCCUCGGGUGGCGCAGUCGGCAAGCGUAUCCAGAUUGUAAUGGCUUAUCUAAUUGGUGUGGCCACCAUGCUCAUUGCCUUUAAAGCUGUGCCAGCAGGCUACCCUGUUGCACAAGCCAUAAUUGUGUUUAUGAUAGGCUUCUUCCUCUAUGGGCCACAGAUGCUGAUAGGUCUUUGUGGUGCAGAAAUCGUCGGUAGACGCUCUGUUGGAGCUAGUGAGGGAUUUCUGGGUUGGAUUGCAUACCUGGAAAGUGGUGCAGCAAACGCAGGUGUCCCCCUCUCCUUACUCGUGCAGCAAUAUGGGUGGAAUGCUUUCUUUGCUGCAUUGCUGUGUGCGUGUACUGUUGGGACUUUACUCUUGGCCCCGGUUGUUGGUGCAGAGAGUUUCGUACAGAGAAGUCAAAUCAACUAGACUACGCAUUCUCUGUGCACUCUCAUCAUUCCAAGCUAACUCUAGACGGAAUGUUUCUGGUGUGUGCGCCUUUAAUACCUUAAUCCUUUAUCUGGAGUAUUUAUAUCCAUCUUGAACCACUACACGUACUAGAAAUGUACUUCCGGAAGUAUGAUACCUUUGUAAGAAGUAACGUUGUUUUUCCCUAGUAGAAAAUAUAACUGAAUGUACAGUGUGUAUUAUUUAUAUAAGUUCAUGGGAAGC